AACAUGCCUCUUGCGAAAGAUCUCCUGCACCCCUCUCCUGAGGAGAAACAGAAACACAAGAAGAAGAACCUGGUGCAGAAUCCGAACUCAUAUUUCAUGGAUGUAAAGUGCCCAGGCUGCAAUAAAAUCACCACAGUCUUCAGUCAUGCACAAACAGUGGUUCUCUGUAUCGGAUGCUCCACUGUACUUUGUCAGCCUACAGGAAGAAAGGCAAGACUUAGAGAAGGAUGCUCCUUCAGAAGGAAGCAGCACUAA